UUCCCCAAUGCCUUGUAAGCAUUUGUCUCCAACUUUGCCCGUCUCUGUCUGCUGACAGGACCUCUUUUGUUCAGUCCCCUCAAGACCCAGGGGCACAUCCCUGGGUGGGGUUGGAGCUGGACACAGCUCGAAUACAGAAGCAUGAAGGUGAGGCAGGCACACGAAAGAGAAAGGAAAGGCCACAAGGCGCCCGGCCCCCGCAGGACGGGUCUAGACAUGCUGGGCGCUCCCCGGUUAGGACCCAACCUACGCUGGGCGCCUCCUUGGGAAAGGAGAAGAGGAUGGAUGCCAGUCUCCAAAGUUGCUCUGCACCCUCAGGGAAUCAGAUGACCCACUCCUACCUUAAGAUUUGUGAACAACAACAAUUAAAAAAAGGGUGAAGGUGGGACCAGACCCGCCCUUCCCCAGCUUCUUAUAAGGGCUGAGGACCUGGGACUACAGGUUCACACACCAUGAUUCUGUUUAGAAGACACAGGACCUUCCUGCUGGCCUUCACACUGCUCUGUACCCUCCUGGGUCUCGGGUGCCCUCUAACUUGUGAGGUGUGCAAAGGCUCGGGGCACACAUGCAGCGGGAAGAUGAAGACCUGUGAAGACGGCAAAGACGCAUGCGUGGUCCUAGUGAGCGAGUCCAGCACAAAGGGCCGAAAGUCAGUGAACACCUUCAAGGCCUGCAUGAAGUACAAAGACUGCUACUCAGGCUUCGUAUCAACCACCAUGACUCCCAGUGACUACAUGGUGUCCAACGCCCACUGCUGUCAAAGUGACGGUUGCAACAGUGGCUCUGUGCCCCCUCCCUUGAACAAUCGGACAGAGAAUGGCCUGAUGUGUCCCUCCUGCAUUGCGCCCUUCCAGGAGACCUGUCCAGGAACCCAGGCAGCUCGCUGCGUGGGCCGGGAAACACACUGCAUCUAUUUUGCUGGCAAUGUGCAGGCUGGUAUUAUCCACACGAAAUUUGCCACGAGGGGCUGUGCUACAGAGAGCGCCUGCCACACCAAGGCAGGGGCUGAGGUCCCUUCAGCCUUCUAUCUCUACUUCCUGCGCCGGGCAGACUGCCUUCCAGCCCCUUACCCUCCUGGCAGGGGAGAGUGAAGAACCGAGAAGUAUGUAACUUGAGGAGCCCUGCAGCUUUCCAGCUGCCUGUAAAUUAAAACAGAUCGACAGUACAAACCUCA